UGCAUAUAUGUAUAAUUUUUUUUUUUACAAGUUUUGUGCCAGCAGAGUGCCAUGAAUCCGUGGUGCGUAAUGUUCCUUGAGCAAGCGAAUACAAAUCACUCGCCCUAGUGUUUUCGAGGCAAACUUAACUGGUCAGGAGUGCUAUGGGAAAACCAAACAAAAAAAUUAGUCUCAAUGGAGCUAGACAAUUCGUUCGUAUCUAUGCAAAUAUUAUGACUGCCUAUCAAAAAUGGAUCGCCCUGUAAGAAUCUCACGAUACUCUUGCAAUUAAGAAAAGUAUAUACAAUCAAAGCUAAGAAAUAUUAGAGUGAAGCCAAUGUGAGGCGAACCAAUAUGAGAAGUCAAUCAACAUCAGAAAGCUAACGAAAAGCGUAGGAUUAGAAGCAAGUCGUCAAUGGAUCCAAAAAGUGGCUCGAAUGCGCACGAUCAGUAGUCCAGAAUCCAAAAUUCGAUUAUCGACAACACCAACCAAAACACCGAAACACCGAAACAACAAAACACACCGCACGGACACCACAAUCAAAAUGCAAAACUAUGGCAGUGAACUUAAAGGAGGCUGAGUCCCACUAACGACUACCCACUGCGCCCACACAUCUAGAUCUAGGGUUAUAGGAUUAUCGAACUCCACGGCUCAAUCGAGAUAUGAAGAAGCCAUCACGUACUCGGCUGGAGAAUCCAUUCUGCUCUGGCCAGGAGAGAACCAGAACCAUGAGCUUCCCACAGCCGCACUCAUUGCCGGAAGCCACUGCGAACGGUGGCAAAAUGCUGGUCUAUGGCCUCGGACUUUUAAUUAUGAUACCGGCCUGUACGGCUGGACCCCACGAGAAGCGGCUACUCCACGCCCUGCUGGACAACUACAAUAGCUUGGAGCGUCCGGUGGUCAACGAAUCCGAUCCAUUACAACUGAGCUUCGGACUAACACUCAUGCAGAUAAUCGAUGUGGACGAAAAGAAUCAACUGCUUAUAACAAAUAUUUGGCUCAAAUUGGAAUGGAACGAUAUGAAUCUUCGAUGGAAUUCGAGUGAGUUUGGAGGUGUGCGGGAUCUGCGGAUUCCGCCACAUCGCCUUUGGAAACCGGAUGUUCUGAUGUACAACAGUGCGGACGAGGGCUUCGAUGGAACGUACGCCACCAAUGUGGUGGUGCGCAAUAAUGGGAGCUGCCUGUACGUACCGCCAGGUAUAUUCAAGUCUACGUGUAAGAUCGACAUUACGUGGUUUCCAUUCGACGAUCAGAGAUGUGAGAUGAAGUUUGGUUCGUGGACCUACGAUGGGUUUCAGUUGGACCUGCAAUUGCAGGACGAAGCUGGUGGCGACAUUUCUAGCUUUAUAACCAAUGGCGAAUGGGACUUGUUAGGUGUGCCCGGUAAACGAAAUGAAAUCUACUAUAAUUGCUGCCCAGAACCUUAUAUUGACAUAACAUUCGCCAUUUUGAUAAGACGCAAAACAUUGUACUAUUUUUUCAAUCUGAUUGUGCCGUGCGUACUGAUCGCCUCCAUGGCACUGCUAGGGUUUACACUGCCACCAGAUUCUGGUGAAAAGCUUUCGCUUGGAGUUACAAUUCUAUUAUCGCUUACAGUCUUCCUCAACAUGGUGGCCGAAACUAUGCCGGCAACCUCCGAUGCGGUGCCGCUGCUCGGAACUUAUUUCAAUUGCAUUAUGUUUAUGGUGGCCUCAUCAGUUGUGUCAACCAUACUUAUCCUCAAUUAUCAUCAUAGAAAUCCAGAUACGCAUGAAAUGAGUGAAUGGAUAAGAGUAAUAUUCCUUUAUUGGUUACCUUGCAUAUUGCGCAUGCAAAGACCCGGACAGGUUGGCUACGAAUGUCCGCCGCCGCCCUCUUCUUCCAGUUCCUCCAAUUCCGGCGAGAAGAAGCAACAGAUCCAAAACGUUGAGCUCAAGGAGAGAUCCUCCAAGUCUCUGCUGGCCAACGUGCUCGAUAUAGACGACGAUUUCCGAUGCAAUCAUCGGUGUGCCAGCGCGACUUUGCCCCACCAGCCCACGUAUUACAGGACGAUGUACAGGCAAGGGGAUGACGGCAGCGUGGGACCCGUGGGACCAGCUGGUCCAGUUGUGGAUGGGCGUUUGCACGAGGCCAUUUCCCACACCUGUCUGACCUCCUCUGCGGAGUACGAACUGGCGCUGAUACUCAAGGAACUGCGUUGGAUAACCGAGCAGCUCAAAAAAGAGGACGAGACAAGCGACAUCACUCGAGAUUGGAAGUUUGCAGCCAUGGUCGUCGAUCGUUUGUGCCUUAUUAUUUUCACCUUGUUUACUAUUAUCGCAACCCUCGCUGUACUGUUUUCAGCGCCACAUUUCAUUUUCCCGUAAGCGGAAAUGCGUCGCUGGGAAAGGCGGGAAAUGCGGGAAAGGCGGAAAAUGCGGGAAAAGUGGGGAAAAGCUGGAAAAAUGGAGCAGAAAGCGACAGGGCGGCCACAGGAGUUUUGCGGUUGUAUUGUGAAGUAUAUGAAGCCAAUCAAAAUAUUAGGAACAUAGAACAUGAAUUCAACAGCCCGAACCUAAGCUUUUCAAACUGAAAUACUUUGACAGUCAAAGAGUUUUGCUAUUCAACAUUUUUAUACUUUUAAAGAUGUGUCUGAUGGUUAUAAAAAUAUUACAAUGAAUUGAGAUAGUAACGUAUGUACGUAUGUGAAUGCAUUUUGUAUUGAAAACACCAAACCAAACGAAAACCAAAAUAAAGUCGGUAUAAUACAAUAACUUUCCGGGCAUAAAUGUACGUUGCCGUGUACAUUGAACUUGCCCCUUAGAUACAAAGCAGAGGUUUCUAUAUCUAAAUCUUAAAUCGCCUAUCGCUCGUAGAAUUGCAGUCCACCUCCCUCAUUAUUUAACCGAUUUGAACAGAGAAUGACAUUCAAGGAGCAUUAAUACAUGCAUAUGCAUAUGCAUAUGUGUAUUAUGUAUCACACUGUUGUUCAACUGAAUUAGCAUCUACUAUAAAAUAGUCUGUAUGUAGCAUUGGAGAGAUUUUUAAAUUUAUUUUCACUUUGUAUGCAUAUUGUUUGUAUCUUCUUAUC